GUUCCUUGAACUUCGGACUUAUGAAAUUUUGUUGUAAGUAAGUGUAGACGAACAUAUUAACGCACACACAGUUUUAAUAUGUAUGUUCAUCUAUUGACGCUGUUAUGCGCGGCCGCGGUGUUACGAUGCAGUGAAAAUGCAGUGCAAUGUUACCUUCAAUCAUUAACUGACAUACUUUAAUUCUUUUAUUUCAUUCUGACUUUAAAUAAAAAUUUUUUUUUAUAACGAAACUUAGUAAUAUGAGAGACGGAGUAAGGUAUCGUCAAAAUAGGGCUCGUCCCUUAGAAGAAGGACUAAGUAAUUUAUCAUCAUCUUCAAAAAAAAAGCCAGUGUUUUCAAAUGGAACUCAACAUCUUCUUUUUUCUUUAACAUUUCUAUUAUUAAUUUCCCUGACAGUUAUUGUCAUGGAUAAACAUUUACCAGAACCAAAACUCAUACGAAAUGAGCAUAAAUAUCCUGGAGAAUUCAUAGCAGAAAGAGCAAGAAAUCAUAUAGUUAAUUUAACAUCAAUUGGCCCCCGAGUUGCUGGUAGUUAUGCUAAUGAAGUUCUUGCUGUAAAAUAUUUAACUUCAGCAAUUAAUGAAAUUAUCAGAGAUGCUCAUGAUAAUCAUCAAAUUAUUCUGAAUAUCACCAAACAUACUGGUUCUUUCCCCUUAACUUUCCUUGAUGGAAUGACAAGUGUUUAUAAAAAUGUUCAAAAUGUUAUUGUGAAACUUGGACCUAGAAGAGAUUCUCCUCACAGUUUGUUAUUAAAUUGUCAUUUUGAUUCAUUUGUUGAAAGCCCUGGAGGAUCAGAUGAUGGUGCGGGAUGUGCUGUGAUGUUAGAGAUCCUUCGAAUUAUGUCAAAAAAUUCUGAGUAUCUUAGGCAUAAUAUCAUAUUUCUAUUUAAUGGUGCUGAAGAAAAUCUGUUACAGGCAUCCCAUGGUUUUAUAACUCAACAUCCAUGGGCUAAAGAAGUGAAAGCAUUUAUUAAUAUCGAAGCUUGUGGUGCUGGUGGUCGAGAAUUGUUAUUUCAAGCUGGUCCAGAUAAUCCUUGGAUUAUUGAUGUUUAUUCCGAAGCAGUUCCUUAUCCGUAUGCUUCAUCAUUAGCUCAAGAAAUAUUCCAAAGUGGAAUCGUGCCAGGUGACACUGAUUUCCGCAUUUUCCGAGAUUUUGGCAGAGUAUCUGGUGUUGAUUUUGCUUGGACAACAAAUGGCUAUGUGUACCACACAAAAUUCGACACUGUUCAACAGAUUCCAUUGGGUGCUCUUCAAAGAACUGGAGAUAAUAUUCUAGCUCUAACACGAGAAAUUUCUUCUAGUCAUUUUUUAGAAAAUCAUUCGCUUUAUAAUAACAGAGGAAGUUUAGUAUUUUUUGAUUUCCUUGGAGCUUUUGUUAUCAGAUGGCCUCAAUAUAUUGCAGCUAUUGUGAACAUUACAAGUAUUCUCAUAGGAGUUUAUUCCAUUUACUUAAACAUGUCUGUGGCCCGGAAAGAAUUGAAGCCUACAGCAUAUUUAAAGCAUUUAGCGACAUGUAUUGGAGUUAUAUGUAUUUCAUGGGCAAUUUCAAUAAUUUGUGUGACAUCAAUUGCCUUAAUCCUUACCAAACUUGGAAAAGUAAUGAGUUGGUAUGCUAGACCAGCGUGGCUAUUUUUUCUGUAUGUUUGUCCUACUAUAGCAGUAUCAAUGAAUUGGUUUUUAUACGUUGGAAAUCGACAAAGAAAAAAUAUCAAUUCGCCUUGGACUCUAUACCAACUCUACUGUGAUGCCUAUAGUGCAAUUUGGAUGAUAGUUUUAUUCGUAUGCGUUCUUUUAGAAAUCCGAUCUGGUUUUAUACCUUUACACUGGGUUAUAUUUCCAGUACUCGGAAAUAUUUUAAGACACAAUUUCUUCGAAAAAUGGAGAGAUUGGAAGUGGCUAAUUUACCAGAUGGGAGUUUUAAGUUUACCAUACAUGCAAUCGUUUUAUUUAGCAAUCGGUGCUUUGUAUUUAUUUAUUCCAAUAAUGGGUCGAGUUGGUGCUGGUACUAAUUCUGAAGUGAUUAUGGCGAAUAUGUUGGCAAUUUUAUUUUGCUUUUUACUUAGUUUUAUGAUGCCAAUGGUGAUAUUAAUUAAAAACGCAGAACGAGUUCUGAGUGUAAUGAUGGGCCUAUUUUUCUUAUCUAUAGCAGUACUUAUUUUAACACCAUUAGGCUUUCCUUAUAGUGGAGACAUUUCUGCACCUGCUCCUCAACGAUUCAUGAUUCUGCAUACUCAUAGACGACAUUAUGAUAUUGAUAAAAGUCUAAAACACUCAGGAAGUGGAUAUUGGAUUGUAGAUUUAGAUAUGAACAGUCCGCAUAGCGUUGAAUCAUUUGUGCCUGAAAUAGGCGCAGUGGUUCCUUCUACUAAAGACUGCGAAGAAAAAUUAUUCUGUGGAUUACCAUAUCUCGUACCUGUUCGAACGUUUCUUUGGAAAACUAGUUGGAUUCCUGGACCCGAACCUUCAAUUAAUAUUCCUACUAAGCUUGAACUAAUAUCAAGAAUAAAUCAAAGAGAUAUGUCGACUUUUACAUUUAAUGUAAGUGGACCGGACCACAUAGGCAUCAUUUUGUCACCGCAUAAAGAUGUACACUUGGAGCAAUGGAAUGUUGUUGAUGGUGAACCUUUAGCAUGCAAGUCAUGGAAUGAUAGAAAAGCCUAUUUUAUCUACUAUGCUUGCUCAUCCGAUUGUGAUCCUUAUCAUUUCACUAUAAUUUUAAAAGUACCUACAGAUCAUGAUGGUCCUGUUUUAACAAUUGCAUUAGCUGGUCAUUUUCUUUAUGGAGAAAAUCAGAAAUCACAAAGGUUUGAUAAGUUUUUAAGACAAUUUCCAUCGUGGACUGUUAUUACACCGUGGACUGCAUCAUAUUCCUCUUGGGAAUUUUAAAUUAAACUCUAGAUAUUAAAUAUUUAAAAAAUAUUAAUAAUAGAGUAUUAAUAACUUAUACUUUGAGUGAUAUUUGCAAGUUUGUAAGUCAAGAAGCACAUUAUAUAAAAAGCCUAAAGUAAUAUUAGUAACAAAAAUGCGGUAAUUUACUCAAUUUAUUAUAAAAUUUACACAAUUUUUUACUAGAUUUCAGUAAUAGAUUAAUGAAAGGAGUUUUAAAAAAUAAAAAGUUGGAAAUUUUCAUUGAACUACUGACGCAUAUUCUUAGAGUUAUUGAAAUUUUACUACCAAAUAUGUGAUGAGUAAAUAUAAAAUCUUAAAGAUUAGUGAAUUCAUAUCGACGAUAAAAUUAAAAAUAAGGUUCGAAUGAUUUCACGCAUAAAACUCAGUGAUAAAUACCAAAAGUACGUAGCUCUAAUGUUAUGUACAGUAAAUCCUUUGACAUUAACUAGUUGUUAAAAACGUUGUUACAGUACUCAAUUGUCAAAAGUGAACGGUAAAACAAUCAUAGAGACAAUUAUAAUUGUUGUCGGUAUAAAAUUUUUAUUUACGAAAAACAAAUGAAUAAUUUCAAGAAAAUAAAUUGAAAUUUAAUACAUUAUUUUUUACAUAUUUUAAAAAAUUUAUAUAUGUAUUUAAUUUAUUAACUAAAAAAUAAUAUUUAAGGUCAAUCAUUAAAAAAUUAUUUAUUGUGUUCUUAUACAUAUCAUUUCUUUGAACAAUAAUUUUUGAUAAUUUUAUAUUUUAUUAUUGUAAAUUAACGAAAAAAUAUGUAUACAUUUAUAUAUUUAAUCAUUUAAAACUUCGUCACACUUGCAACGAACGAUUACGGCUCAAAAUGAUAGCCCAAUAAUUAUGUAUAAAAAAGGAACAAUUUGUUAUAAAAUUAUAUUUAAAUUAUAAAAUAAUGUCUUUAAAAUA